CUCUCCUCACUGUAAGUUUGGCUGUAAGAGGGAGCGCGUGGGAGUUUGUGAAGGAGUGUGUGUGAGUGAGAGAGAGAGCGCGUGCGUGACGUCAUGCCGACCUCGAGCCCGUGCUGUAUAGACCACAGUGGAUUCUCCGUAGAGUUGUGCCAGUCUGUAUGCCACCCUGUGUGCCACCCUCUGUACUGAUGAGGAUCGUUCGAUCGCAGGCGCGCGCGCGCUGAUCCACACAUGGCCUGAUGACAUCAUGUUCCUCUUUUGCUCCCCUCCUUCCCCAUUCCUUUCCCUUCUCUUUCCCCUUCUUCUUUUCGUCAGUUUUUUCCCCCAUUCCCUUCUUUCUCCCCCUCUUUCUCAAUCACCACUUCGGUGGACAUCUCCCCAGGACCCCUGCUACCACCUGGAUGGACGACCACGCCACUGUCUGUCGGAUUUCAUCAAUGCUGCCUAUGGAGUUCCUGUCCACGCUGAGGAUCUUCUGCAAGGGACUGAAAGGAACAUCACUACACUGACAGACCUCCAUAAUCCCCAUAACCUGACCUGCUGGACGCCUUCUGAAGAUUCAGCUGCUGGCGACUGGACCUUUACUGUGCCCCUUGGCAGAAGAUUUGAGGUCACAUAUGUAAGCCUGCAGUUCUGCCAACAGGCUGAGCCUGCCAGUCCUUUCUCGAUCUCCAUCCUGAAAUCAAUGGAUUACGGACGCAGCUGGCGUCCCCUGCAGUUCUAUUCCAGUGACUGCAUGGGGAAAUUUGGCCUUCCUGCUCAAUCUGUUGCUCUGACGAGGCACCAGGAGACAGAAUCUUUAUGUUCAGAUCCAAGGCCUUUGCAGAAACACCGUGGUGGAGUCGUUUUGGCCUUUUCCACUUUAGAUGGCCGCCCCUCUUCUGCUGAUUUUGAAUACAGUCCUGGACUUCAGGACUGGGUGACUGCCACUGACAUCAGGAUAGUGUUCCACCAAUCACAAGAUAAAGCAGUUCAGCCAAAACAGAAGCCAGGUAUAGAGAGAGAGGGGUCUCUGACAUGGAAGCUCACGGGAUCACAGGGUGAAGUUGUGACUCAAGCUGAGAAAGCAGGAGUGGAAAAUGUUUUGGGGGUGGAAGAGACAAAUACAGAAACCAAGAGUCUAGAAACAAAGCUUCGCAGGAAAGAGAGCAAAACAGAAAAGUCACGUAAGAGAAAUCGCAACAAGAGUUCAUUACAAGAAAGGGGACACAACGUGACCCGCAAACAGACAGAGACUCAGGAAGGCAGAGGCAAAGGGCGAAACCGCAAGAAAGAUGCACCCAAUUGGAAGCCAUGCCAAGACGGUGGAUGUGGCUGGACAGUGGAAGGGCAGGGGCGGGGCACUAAAGGCAGGGAGCUGAGGAGAAGAAGAAACAAUUCCAGAAGUGAAAGGACACGAUCCAAAAUAAGAAACAAGGCCACACCCCACCUCCCUCCGUCUGGACUCUCAGCUCCAUACAGACUGCCUCUUGCUCUGUCUGACAUCCAGGUGGGCGGCAGGUGCAAGUGUAAUGGACACGCCUCCCGCUGUCGCCGUGAUGACCGGGGUCAGGCAGUGUGCCAAUGUGAGCAUCACACAGCAGGAGUUGAUUGCGAUGUGUGUAAGCCAUUUUAUUACGAUCGCCCAUGGCAACGGGCCACCCCUACCCAGACACACCCUUGCAUCCCAUGCGAGUGUAAUGGCCACUCAACAAAGUGCAGAUUCAGUAUGGAGGUGUUUCAGCAGUCUGGGCGGGUCAGCGGAGGAGUGUGUUUGAAGUGCAGGCAUCACACAGCUGGACGCCACUGCCAGUUCUGCCAGAAUGGAUACACACGUGACCUGAGCAAGUCCCUCAGCCACCGCAAGGCCUGCCAACCCUGUCAGUGCCAUCCACUUGGAGCAGUAGGGCAUUGGUGUAACCAAGCUACAGGGCAGUGUCUGUGCAGGGAUGGGGUGAUGGGCCAGAGGUGUAACCGCUGUGCUCCAGGAUAUAAACAAGGCCGUUCGCCUCUUCGGCCCUGCAUUCGCAUCCCGGAGGUUGUUCCACCAACCCCAGUCUACCAGCCCCAGUAUAGCAGAGGUGAGGAGUGUGUCUCUUACUGCCAGCCUUCUCAAGUCAAAGUCAGAAUGAACCUAGAGACAUUCUGCCUCAAAGACUAUGUCCUGAAGGUCCAGGUUAAAGCUAAGGAGCGCUCUGGUCCCUGGUGGCAGUUCUCUGUGUGGGUGCAGUCGGUGUUCCGUGUUGGAUCCCAACCGGUUAAGAGAGGCCUACAAGCCGUUUGGGUUCCUGAUCGUGACCUGGGCUGUGGCUGCCCUGCCCUUCAAGUAGGCAGGACCUUCCUCCUCAUUGGUGCAGAGGAGAACAGGAGAAGUUGGGCUCCAGGAGAGAAGCGCCUGGUUGCUGAUCGCUCCACGAUGGCCCUGCAGUGGCGAGAACACUGGAGCCUCAAAUUAAGGGGAUUUCGUGGGCAAGACAGCAGAGGGAAGUGCCCUCCACGUACAAACUCCACAAUACAAACACUGUCUCACCUACAUGCACACGAGGAAUACGUACCACCUCAUAUUCAGAAACUGCAGCCCAAGACUUAUCCUGAGCCACGCAUUCACCACAAACCAUCAGUAGAACCUGAAGAAACAGUCCACACACACCAUACAGACAGUAGUAAUACUCCAGACACACGUGUGGAUACCAAACACACCUAUGACACGGAAGGGCGUCGCAGUGAACCUAGAGAACAUUCUGUUAAAAAUGUUCUACCUGCAGACUUGUUAAUACAAGGUACCCAGAAUUCUGUACAGGAACCCCAGAAGACAGCCUCAACCGAAGCUCCCGAAACAACAAGUUCACUCAAAAUGCUUCAGUACCUUCACAGCCCAACAGCUUGCCCAACAUGGCCGCCAGGGGCCUCGGUCAUGUAUGAACAGAAGGUAGAAAGUUCAGCAGAAACAGAGGGAGGAAACUAAACUAUGAAACUAUAAACUAUACUCAAGAGUAUGGCUCCAAUUGUAAGCAAGGGUAUACAUGUAUUAUCUGAGAGCAUUGAAUGUCCUUUUUUACAAAACAUACAGCUCUGGAAAAAAAUAAGAGACCACUUAAAAAUUAUGAGUUUCUUUAAUUUUACCAAAUUGAAAACUUCUGAACUAUAAUCAAGAGGAAGAUGCAUGCUCACAAGCCAUCAAAAACACUGUAUACGACUGGUGGAGGAGAGCAUGCCAAGAUGCAUUAAAACUGUGAUUAAAAUCCAGGGUUAUUCCAGCAAAUAUUGAUUUCUGAAUUCUUAAAAACUUAUGAAUAUGAGCUUGUUUGCUUGUUUGUUUCGGCCAUUUCUCAUUUUCUUUGCUAUAAAUAGCUAAAUUAGAGAAACUGAUUCAGAAACUGAAGUGGUCUCUUAUUCCUUUCCAGAGCUGUAUGUUGGGUUGGUGAACAUUCAACAUCCUAAUCUUACAAACAAUCUUUUUGCUUUCUCUUGACAGUAGAAAAGCAGUAUAAACUUACUUUUUAAAUUCCUUGAUUUUGAUCGAAUUUCCUUGUAAGAUAAGAUAAUCCUUUAUUAUUGCCAAAGUAGGGAAAUAUUUUCAAUAAUUCAUUAUUUGUUCACCAUUAUUAUUACCUGUUAAAAACUGCUACAACUGGCAGGCCAGUUUUUGGUACCUAGACAACAACAAUAGUGUACAGCAUCCACUAAAAUGCUCUCUAUGUUUAUUAUAUUUAUAGAAACAUUUAGGGGAAGUCUAUGGUGGAGAAACUAAGUAAAACAUUACCUUUUUGGUUAACUGAGUAGAUAAGCUGAGAGGAGACAUGGUGUUUUUAGUUUCUGGACUUAGACAUGAGAUUUAUGUACCAGUAUAUUGCAAUGUGUGCAGUAACUGUAAAAGCAGUAAAUGACAGUGAUGCUUUUACAGCUUUAUAUCAAGUCUUAUUACCUGUGAAAUCUUUUCACUUACUACAUCACUGAGUAGUUAUAGCUACUCAGUAUCCAGUGUCUGUGUCUGAAUUCUGUGAUCAAAAUGAAAUAAAAUUUUAUUUAUUGUAUCUGUUACCUUAUAUAUUUAAUACAUGUGUUAGUUUCAAUACAUGUUUAAACUUAAUCUGACUAUGGUUAAGGUAGAGAUUAUAACUUGUAAUGUAAGUAUUCAGUUCAGCUGGUAACAGCUGGUCUCACAGAGCUUAUUUUGCCUCAUUAAACUUGUAUCUUUAACUUUU